GAUGUAUUUGGAUUUAUUUCCCCCCUUUUUCCCUCACCUCUUAUUUGCUCCCGAAUGCUGUUACGAUGUGGGAAUGCAUAAAGGUAAGAUUUGAUGACUUUGAGUGCUAAUGUGCGCAAUUGUGGUAGUUCGAUGCUAAAUCGCUAAUGCUAGCAUAACACUGGACUUCAGCCACAGUCAUCAAUGUAUGGAUGUAUUUGGAUAUAUUUCCCCCCUUUUUCCUUCACCUCUUAUUUGCUCCCGAAUGCUGUUACGAUGUGGGAAUGCAUAAAGGAAAGAGAGGCCCUAAGAAGCAAGAUGGAUGUCCAGGUUGCUGUCCUGGAAUACCUUUAUGGAAAGAGAACAAAUGAGGCGAGCACAUCGCAGCUAUGGGCCGAGGUCAUCCAUCUGAGAGCAAAGCUAAAGACGUCAGACGAAAGGAAGCAACAUUGUGCCGAUAAUUUGUGUGCCAGCUGGAAAAUAAUGAAAGACCUUAAACUCCAGCUUCAACAGAAUCACUCAAAAGAGACCGCCAAGGCAGAAGGUGCAAGGAGGACCAUUCGGGAGCUUCACUGGAAGCUGAGGGAGGUGAUAGUGCCUGUGCACAAGAUGAAGGUACAGCUCCUGAACCAGGCUACUGCCAUUCUUUCCACUGAGAGAGAGGGUGAGAUGUCUGCAUCAGAGUUGGAAGAGAAGCUCCAGGUUCUACAAACAUGCAUGGAUCUCUUUGACAAGCUGCAGGAGGUACAGAAACGCAACACGAUUGGCCCUUGCAACAUAAACUGUGAACAAGACACCAUACAAAACCUGUUAGCACAAACUGCAGAGGCUAACAGUCACACAGAGUCAACAAAUUCAGAACUUGAGCAAGAACAUGACGUAACUGAUGGAACCAACCAGAAGAGGACGUGCCACCAUUUUCCUGAUUUUACUCCAAAUUCAAGUCCAGACAUUCAACAUUCAACUGAAGUCGAUGAACAGGAAGAAAAGGUGCAAAAGGCAGACGCUACAGAUGAUUGCAUGCAAGAGGAUGAACUAACUGACUCACAGAAGACCUCAGAAGCCAUUUUGGAGGAGGACAGCAUUACUGAUGCAGCGUUUUUAGAGCAAGAACAAAUAAGAGGAAGACCAACAGAAAGAACCAAUCAGAGGAGCAACCGGUUUCUGAAUAUAUUUUGUUGUGUCUGUUGGAAGACACACUCGGACAAAAGUAAAGAUCGUUUAGUUGAGUUGACUGAUUUCAAAAAAAUAUAUGAUUGAUAUAUGAUUGAUAGUUAUCUUGUUCUCUUGGUUGUUGUUUUCCUUUGAGUGACACGCAAAACAUGGUUUACCACAAUUAUCAGCCAUAUGUAUGUACAGUAUUUGUUGUUAUUGUUCCAUCAGUCCAUACAUUUUCU